GGCGCGCCGAGAGCCGCGCGGAGCCGGCUCGCGCCAUGCGUGACUACGAUGCGGCCACCGCUUUCCUGGGCGAGUGGGGCCGCUUCCAGAGGCUCAUCUUCUUCCUCCUCAGCGCCAGCAUCAUCCCCAACGGCUUCAACGGGAUGUCGGCCGUCUUCCUGGCCGGCACUCCCGAGCACCGGUGCGCCGUGCCCCGCGGCGCCAACCUGAGCGGCGAGUGGCUCAACGCCAGCAUCCCGCUGGAGCUGCGGGACGGGCAGGAGGUGCCGAGCCGCUGCCGCCGCUACCGCCUGUCCGCGCUGGCCAACUUCUCGGCGCUGGGGCUGCGGCCCGGCUCCGACGUGAAGCUGGAGUCGCUGGAGCAGGAGCCGUGCCUGGACGGCUGGGAGUACAGCCGCGAUGUCUACCACUCCACCAUCGUCACCGAGUGGAACCUGGUGUGUGAGAACGACUGGAAAGCCCCACUGACCACCUCCCUCUUCUACGUGGGCGUCCUCAUUGGCUCCUUCAUCUCGGGGCAGCUCUCAGACAGGUUUGGCAGGAAGAGUAUCCUUUUUUUGACAAUGGCUGUGCAGACUGGCUUCAGCUUCCUGCAGAUCUUCUCUAUCAACUGGGAGAUGUUCACAGUCCUCUUUCUCAUAGUGGGCAUGGGACAGAUCUCUAACUACGUGGUGGCCUUCAUACUGGGAACAGAAAUUCUUGGCAAAUCAGUUCGUAUUAUAUUCUCUACAUUAGGAGUUUGCAUAUUUUUUGCAAUUGGCUACAUGUUGCUGCCACUGUUUGCUUACUUCAUCAGAGACUGGCGGAUGCUGCUGCUGGCACUCACCGUCCCAGGGCUGUUCUGCGUCCCGCUCUGGUGGAUCAUUCCUGAAUCCCCUCGGUGGCUGAUCUCCCAGGGAAGAUAUAAGGAAGCAGAAGUUAUUAUCCUAAAGGCUGCAAAAAUAAAUGGUGUUCCAGCCCCAGACGUUCUUUUUGACACAACAGAGGAUUCGAAGCCUCAGCAGCAGCAGAAGGCUAUCCUUCUGGACCUAUUUCGAACCCGAAACAUUGCAACUAUUACUAUUAUGUCAUUACUUUUGUGGUUUUUCACAUCAGUUGGUUACUUUGGCCUGUCUCUCAGCACGCCAAACUGGCACGGAGAUGCCUACAUCAACUGUUUCCUCUCAGCUGUUAUUGAAGUUCCAGCUUAUGUGAUUGCUUGGCUUUUCCUCCGCUUCUUCCCUCGGCGCUACUCCUUAUCUGGCACCUUGCUUUUAGGAGGAAGUGUUGUUCUCUUCAUUCAGCUGGUUCCUGCAGAUCUUAACAUCCUGUCUAUUUGCCUGGUGAUGCUUGGAAAAUUUGGCAUCACAGCUGCGUUUUCAAUGCUUUAUGUCUACAAUGUGGAGCUAUACCCUACGCUAGUGCGAAACAUGGCGGUUGGAGCUACUUCCACAGCUUCCAGGCUGGGCAGCAUCAUUUCACCUUACUUUGUUUACCUAGGUGCCUACGACAGGUUCCUGCCAUAUAUCCUGAUGGGAAGCCUGACUGUGGUGAUUGGGAUCCUUACCCUGUUCCUCCCAGAGAGCUACGGCACUCCCCUGCCUGAGAAAUUUGACCAAAUGCUGAAGGUGAAAUGUUUCAGAAAUGGGCAACAAACCACUGGCAUUAGGAAUUCAAAGGAGAGUCCUACAGUUCUGAUGACACCUUUGUGAAGAAAGAUGCAAAGGCUCAGAGAGGCUGAAAGAAGAACAAGUUCGACUCAAAAUGCAUUUUCUGACAGAGUGACCCAACAGUCAAUGCCUCUGCACCAUAGUUAUUAUACCCUGUUCUACUGUACACAAAUACAUAGUUUACUGAGCAGACAAUGUCUACUCCCAUAGGACUCUUAGUCUGUAAUUCAUUGUUCUAAUACCUGGGGUUUGUCAGCAGAUACAGUAUUGAGAAAUGAGGGUCUGCAUAUGCUGAACACAAUUUGAGAAGUAAGCCAGAAAUGAGCCUUAGGAAUAAUAUGCAAUGACUCAGUCAGGUGCACAGUGAAAGCUGCUUAAAGGGAAAAAAAAAAGAUAGCAGAUGUAACACUGGUGUUUUUUCUCACUAUGUGUGUUGACUGGAUGAAGGGGACCUGGAUGUCUGUCUUUGAAAAUCUCAGCACACACCUCUAAAGGACAGAUCCUGGCCUCCUUUAAAAUUUGGUGACCAAAGCCCAAUAGACUAAGUGGGAUCAAAAUUUAGCUGCAGCAAAGCAGACACAGACUGCACUGUAAGGAUAACGCAUCUUUAAAUAAGACAUCAGAGUGGCAUUUUUCUCAAGACCUGGGAUCCACAUCUGAUCCACUUGUCCCUGAUGUUUUUUCAUAAAGCCAAAGUCUGUUGAAGUCCUUGGGCUUCAGGAACAUGCGGUGCCUUUGGGGACGGAGGAGAGCAUUUAACACAGGGCUAUAGCUUGCUGACUUUCUGAUGGGCCAUGCCUGCUUCAAAAGAAACAUGGGCUUUAGCAGGUCAAUGAUCCUAUCCAAACGUGCUGUGCAGUUCUAGCUUUCACGUUUUUCAUGGUAUAUUGGCAUAAGCCAUUGUUUAGAUCUUUUUGGGGUUGUUUUCAAAGCAUUUAAUUGCUCCUUUGAAUAUAUACCACAUUGUUUUGUACCUUCAGAGAAAGCUCACUGGCAUUUCAAAAGCUUCUGCAAAACCUUUAUGCCAGUUACAAAUUUAAAGGGGAUGUGAUGCUCACAAAAAGCUGAUAUUCUGUCCUGGAGAUAUUCACCCACUACUGUGAAAAAUGCAAAAGGGCUAAUUUGGGACCAUAAUUUUUUUCAAAACAAGCAAACAAACAAAAAGACAAUAAAGCCAGAGUUUUGGUUUUUAAAUCCUACAGGUUAUGUAUGUACUUUUUUAAAGUUCAGCAAAGGUAGAUUGGAUCAAAACUGAAAUGUGGAGGUUAGAGUUGUGUUACUACUGUUUUAUGGACACUACAGAGUUUGAAAAAGUAUAAUAUCUUUUCUAUUUAUUGGCUGUGCAUGCCCUUCUUGGCCACAUAAAGUCUAUCAGACCUGUUAGACUGAUUUUUAUCUUCUAUUGAUUCCAAUUAGCCAUGAUUCACCUUAUUUAAGGGCCAACAAAAGAACACUGACUCAUCUCUCCUGUGAGUGUUCAUGGCAAAUUGUCUUGUGCUCAGAGACAAGGCUUCUCGCUAUAAGUUCAACCACAUAUGUAAAGCUUUAUCACAUUUAAAUGCAAGGAACUUGUGCAGUUGUUUCAGGCUGCUCUUUGGGAUGAGGAAUACUGUUUCAUUUCAUAUUAAACUUUUGCAGUUAUGCUUUUGCCAUAAAUGUCAUGUGGCAUGAGGCAACCUAUGACCCCUGAUGUUCUCAUCCCUUCUCAAGAUGGAAUUUCUCUAACAACAGUAGUAUUUAAUCUUGUUUUUGCUUAUUACAAAGUUAAUUGUAGAAUAGCUGUUUAGACCUCACUAAAUUUUUCAACAAGAUCUUUCUAUCAGACGUAGGACAGGUUUGAGGACUUGGUUUAUUUAACCAUAUAGGUGGCCAUAUUUUUAUGGAGAUUUUUAUAUUAAGGUGAUACUUGUUUUAUGGGACUGUAGGCUUGAGUAUUUCUAAAAGGUAAAUAUUUUUGUACUCUUGAACUUUGUAGUAUCUUAAAACCUAGUUUUCCUUUUUUAAAUAAGUGUUGUGGGUUGUGGGUGUUUUUUAAACACUUUGUUUUAAUCGGUCUCAUUUUUCUGGCUUAUACCAUUGAUCUCAAUCUGGUGUCACAUUUUAGUAUUUUUAGUGGCAACUUUAAAAAACAAAAUAAAAAGCCUUUCACAAGAGUGGAAUGCCUUUUUGAAAAGUGUGUGAUGUUGUAAGGCCUUAAGGUGUCUGACCAUAGUGAAAACAAGAAAAGGAGAUUGUUUCAGCUGAUGAAGUGCUUGCAAGGAGAAUUUCUGUCUUCUGCCAGAAUCUGGCGAAACCCAAAGAGCGAUGGUCUGCAGAAGAAUCAAGCAGGGAUGAAUCUAGAGUGCCAGUUACUGUGUUCUAAAUUGUAAAGCUGAAGAAAACAGCACUAGUUUAAGUAGUUCUUGUUGGAAAUUAAAUUUAUUGCUAGUGAGCUACUUAAGCCUCUCGGUGCCUCUCCAGUGAGUUUUCUGUGUCAGAUCCUUGGUGGGAUUCAGUGUGAGACCCAUGUGCUGGUGCAUGGCUGGGGAUGCCCGUGAGGCUCUGGCCUGGUUGCAGAAGGGAAGCACAGGCUACCACUGACCACAGGGGCUGUUGGGCCAUGCCUCAUCUAUCACUUCUGUCACGUUUACUUGUGCCUCUCCAUGCAACCUUUGAUCCUCAGCUGGCUUACUGGGACUGCUAAAGCAUAAACAAAACUGUUGUAACUGUUACUCGUUAACUUCCGUCUUUGUUGUAAUAAAAAUGGGCGCAGCCAUUGUAAAA